AUGUCCGAUUACAGGAUCUCGGUAGAGGAGCUGAACGAUCUCCUGGCGAACGGCAGCGGUUGUUACAGCCUGCCCAGCGCUCACAGCAACGAGGUGGUGCCGCGCAUCCACGUGGGGAACGCGUUCAUAGCCAAGAACAUAAUGAAGCUGCAGCGCCUGGGGAUAACCCAUGUUCUGAAUGCAGCAGAGGGGAAGUCAUUCAUGCAUGUGAACACUAAUGCAGAAUUCUAUGAAGGCACAGGCAUCACAUACCAUGGCAUUAAAGCUAACGAUACGCAGGAGUUUAACCUCAGUCGAUAUUUUGAGGAGGCAGCUGAUUUUAUUGAGAAAGCACUUUCCCAGAAGGAUGGACAAGUGUUUGUGCAUUGCCGUGAGGGCUACAGCCGUUCUCCUACGCUGGUCAUCGCCUACCUCAUGCUUCGCCAGAACAUGGAUGUCAAGUCUGCUUUGGUCACUGUCCGCCAAAAGAGAGAGAUUGGCCCCAAUGAUGGCUUUCUAAGGCAGCUUUGUCAGCUAAACGAGCAGUUAGUGAAGGAAGGCAAAGUGAAGCCCUGA